AUGAACAAAGAAAGUGAAGUUCACCAGAACUCUGAGAAGGGCCCAAACAAUUUGGAUGGAGCUAGCAGCGGUACCGGUACAGCGGGAUCCAUCCCAAAGAGUGCUAAUGGAAAAGAUGAGUGCAUGAAAAGCAUCCCCUACGAAACCCAAACUGCUGCCAUGAUACCUCCUGCUAUUGUUCAACGAAUGGUCGGGAAUAGUUUUGGCACCUCUGUGGACUCAAAAUUCAUUGAUAGAAAAGUGGGGGUCAUAAAGGAAAGGAAUUAUUCCCCUACAAUUCGACAUAACGAUGACGAAGAAGCGCCUGCUGCAGAAAUUAAUUUUUCUGUUCAGCCUCGAACUCAGCCUGAGGCCGGAAAUAAUGUUGGCACUGCUGUGGACUCAAAAUUCAUUGAUAGAGAAGUGAGGGUGAUAAUGGAAAAGAAUAGUUGCAUUACCCUUCCACAGAACAAAGAAGCCCCUGCUGCAGAAGUUAAUUUUUCUGUUCAGCCACGACCUCAGCCUGAGGUUGGAAAUGAUUUUGGCACUGCUGUGGACUCAAAAUUCAUUGAUAGAGAAGUGGGUGCGAUAAAGGAAAAGCAUUGUUGCCCUGCAAUUCCACAGAACAGCGAAGUGCCUGCUGCAGAUAAUAAUUCUUCUGUUCAGCCGCGACCUCAGCCUGGCGCCUACAAUGUUAGAGGGCCAGCAAUGGCGGUGCCAUCCGAACUGGAAUCAGGACAUGCCAAUGAUGAAUCCGUACACCAAGAUGCAAGUUCCAACGCACCAUGGGAUUUUUUGGGAGGAGUCCGAACUAUGAACAACAGCUCCACCCAACUGGAAGCAAGCAAGGAUCUGGCCCGGGCCAAACCAGUCCAAAGCGAGCAGUUCAAUGUUGGUGAUUUACCCCAAGCAGAGAUAGUUGACCAUGUAGAAUUGGAGAAGCAAGAGUCUAAGCAACUGCAACACAAGCAGGAAUGGAAUCAACGAGUGAUUGGCUUUGCCAUUUUUGCAUUGGCUUGCUUGUCGCUUGGACUCAUACUUGGACUCCUUCUUAGAAAGAGCGGAGAAGCUCUCAUUAUAGUUUCGCCAACUGUUGCUCCAUCAAUACCACCAACAGGCACUCCAUCUAGUGCCCCAACAAGAGCAUUGGAUGCACUGCUACAAGAUCUUCCAGACUCAACGCUUCAGAGACUGGAUAACAUUUCAACUUCCCAGUGGCAAGCCGUGGAUUGGCUCUCAAGGCAUCCGGAUUUGCCAAAUAUGGAAACAUGGAGACAGAUUCAACUGUUUGCCUUGGCAAACUUCUAUUAUGCAUUUGAGGGUCCAAAUUGGCGCGAAGUGAUUCGAAACAGGUGGAUGCUCUAUGACACAUCAGAAUGUUUCUGGUUCUCCAGUGCCUAUGGAAAAUUCAGUGAUGAUGGACCAAACUAUAUCGAUGAGAUACGAAACGAUGUCGACCCUUGCAAUGACCAAGGCAGAAUCCAAACUCUCAUCCUUGAUGAUUUGGAGCUCGCUGGCUUCCGACCAUACAUUCCCCUGGAAAUUGAACUGUUGUCAUCAUUGUCAUACCUUGCACUACGCCGAAAUGGCAUUAAUGCUACCUUAUCCAGCUUGAUGCCAUCAUCUAUCUACCAAAUGCCAAAUCUUACUUUUCUUGCUUUGAACAACAACGAGAUGAUGAGUGGACGAAUUCCAAGUGAGUUGGGCAUGCUAACAACUCUGAAGGAACUAAAACUCGAUGACUGCUCUCUGUCUGGAACUCUCCCAAGCGAGUUGGGGUCUCUAACAAACCUCAUUGAAAUCGAACUUCAACGAAACAAGAACCUAGAAGGACCCAUUCCCAGCGAGUAUGGCAUGAUGAAUAGUCUUAUGGACUUGAGUAUGAACCAGAACAAAUUAUCAGGAUCCCUGCCAAGUGAACUUUUCCAAAUGUCAAGUCUGGCAGAACUUGAUCUUGUAAAAAAUAAGUUCACUGGAACCCUUCCAGCUGAGCUGGGUUUGCUGACAGGGAUAACUGACCUGAGGGCGCGCAUUAAUGAGUUCUCGGGUACCAUACCCAGUGAACUAGGGGUUCUGACCAGGCUUUCAAGGUUAAACCUUGGUGGCAACAGUCUUGAAGGAACAAUCCCAUCAGAGAUUGGGAACCUCGCAAACAUGGAAAAACUCUAUUUUGAAGGAACAUCCCUCUCUGGUCCAAUUCCAUCCGAAUGUGGAUUGAUGGUGCAUGCUACACGCUUCUAUGUAGACGAAAACCAUCUUUCUGUGAUUCCAAGGGAGUUCUGGCAGAUGACAAACAUGGAGAAGUUAAGGCUACAAAAGAACUUGUUCAGUGGACCCUUGCCAUCUGAGAUUGGAGACUUGAGGAGGAUUAAAGAAGUGGAAGCCUAUGGCAACUUUUUCUCGGGGGCUCUUCCGAGCGAACUAGCUCUCCUGACCAGCAUGACUGCAUUGCUCCUGCAUGGAAAUCAACUUUCUGGAUCUAUCCCUUUUGAGCUGUCCAUGUUGGCAUCAAACGGUUCGCUGGAACUUUUGACUUUGAGUGGAAAUCCUCUCUCAGGGAUUGUGCCGGAAGAGCUAUGUGCUUUGGGCCAAUACAACACUACCACAAAAGAUCCCGUUGGCCUUGACUUUGAUUGUGGUGGCCUCCUUUGUGGAUGUGGCUGGUGCCGCUGUGGGUGA